AGUCAGCAGAGAGUUCACUUUGUUAACAGCUUGUUCUCUACACAACUUUACUGCAAGCUUUCACAUUUGACUGAAACUAUUUCAGAGUGAUAAUGAAAAUGUUUCACACAUUGGCUUUUUGCUGUUUGUGCUGUUGCAGCCUGGCUGGUGUGUUUGCUGAUAAGAUUACAAUGAAGUCAGUGUCAGUGCUGGAGGGAGAUUCAGUCACUCUAGACUCUGAUCUCACUGAAAUAAUGGAUGGACAUUUGAUUGUGUGGAGGUUUGGAAAUGAAAACAAUGUAAUUGCUGUAAUCAGUGUAAUGACAAACAGCAUCACUGUAUAUGAUGAUGUUCUUGAUGAGAGAUUCAGAGACAGACUGAAGCUGGACAGACAGACUGGAUCUCUGAUCAUCACAAACAUCACAGAGGAACAUGCUGGACUCUAUAAACUACAGAGCAACAGUGUGAUCAAGAGAUUCAGUCUCACUGUCUAUGUUCAACUGCCUGUUCCUGUCAUCAGCAGCAACUCUUCAAACUUUUCUUCAUUAUCAUUAUCGUCAUAUUGUUCAUUGUUGUGUUCAGUGGUGAAUGUGAGUCAUGUGACUCUCUCCUGGUACAAAGGAAACAGUUUAUUGUCCAGCAUCAGUGUGUCUGAUCUCAGCAUCAGUCUCUCUCUACCUCUGGAGGUGGAAUAUCAGGAGAAAAACAGCUACAGCUGUGUGAUCAACAAUCCCAUCACAAACCAGACCACACAUCUGGACAUCAGUCAGCACUGUUAACCCUGUCCAGAUGUUCAUGUCAGUUGUUGUGAUACAGUUGAAGCUGUGAUGCGAUUGGUCGUCACUGCUCUGAUGGGCGUGGCUGCUACAGCUGCUGCUGUUCUUCUGGUCAAUGAUGUCAGAUCUGCUAGAGGUUAAAAGAAAACAGAACAGAUUCAAGAUAUUGUGACAUAUAUUGGAGUUAUAAUCAUAUGAAAAUAUGUGUGGUCCAAUUGUUUAGUAAUGGCAAAACAAAGCUUUGCUCUCCAUCUAUAUUCUUCAAUAUUUCAUUUUUAAAAAUGCCACCCAGUUCCCCCUUCAUUUAUGUUGCUAUUUUUUUUUUGUUGUUGCAUUAUCUGCAGCAACCCCACAAAUACAAAAGUAAAAAUAUUUGUUAUUAUUUUUAUCGAAAACUGAAUAUUACAUACUGAAAAGAGAAAGAUCUAUGAAUCAUAUGCCUAUAUUUUAAUUAAAGGGGUGUCAUAAUUAAACCAUGAAACACAUUUUAGCAGCAUAUUUAAAAAAAAAAAAACACAUAGACAAUGUAAUUGGCUAUUUCAUAUACCUGUA